AUGGAAUCCGAUAGGGAUGGUAAACGUAAGAAGGACAGAAACAGUGAUGAUGAAGACAGACGGAGGGAAAAGAAGACAAAAAGGGCACGAUCGAGAUCCAGGUCACCAGCUGAGCACCGUGAGAGGGAUUCCAGAAGAAAGCGUAGACAUUCCAGGUCUGUGUCACCAGAAGGGCCUGUGAAACAAGAAAAACGGUCAGACAAACAGCAGGAGCCCGAAGUAACGAAAGAAAUACCACAACGUCGCGUCAAGGAAACAGAUAUGUUGAAUACACGGACAGGAGGUGCUUAUAUACCUCCUGCACGUCUCAGGAUGAUGCAGGCUCAAAUAACAGACAAAUCAUCAGUGGCAUAUCAAAGGUUAGCUUGGGAAGCCUUGAAGAAGUCGAUACACGGCCACAUCAACAAAAUCAAUGUUGGAAAUAUUGGUAUUAUUAUUAAAGAGUUGUUGAAAGAGAACAUAGUUCGUGGAAGAGGUUUGUUGUGCCGGUCUGUGAUACAAGCACAAGCUGCUUCACCUACAUUCACUAAUGUGUAUGCUGCACUGGUUGCAGCUGUCAACUCCCGUUUCCCUAACAUCGGGGAGUUGCUUCUAAAGAGGUUAAUGAUUCAAUUCAAAAGAGGUUUCAAGCGCAAUGACAAACCUAUUUGUAUAUCUUCAGCUUCAUUCAUAGCUCAUUUAGUGAACCAGAGAGUAGCACAUGAGAUCCUUGCAUUAGAAUUGUUAACUUUAUUGGUAGAAACUCCUACUGAUGACUCGGUAGAAGUGGCCAUUGCUUUCCUGAAGGAAUGUGGACAGAAACUGACUGAAGUGUCUUCUAAGGGUGUGAAUGCAAUAUUUGAAAUGCUAAGGAAUAUUCUCCAUGAAGGACAGUUGGAUAAGAGAGUGCAAUACAUGAUAGAAGUCAUGUUCCAAGUGUGGAAGGAUGGGUUCAAAGACCAUCCAGCUUUGAUUGAGGAGUUGGAGCUGGUGCCCGAGGAGGAGCAGUUCACUCAUCUCAUGAUGCUAGAUGAAGCCACAGACUCACAGGAUAUUCUGAAUGUUUUCAAGUUUGAUGACAAGUAUGAAGAAAAUGAACAGAAGUAUAAAACACUGAGCAAAGAGAUUCUUGGAUCGGAUGCUGAGUCUGGUGAAGAGGACGGUUCUGGAGAGAGUGGUAGUGAGGAAUCGGACGAAGAUGAAGAAGAAGAGGGACAAAAACCAGUUACCAUCAUUGACAACACGGAAACAAACCUCAUAGCUUUACGAAGAACUAUUUACUUGACUAUCAAUUCCAGUUUAGACUUUGAGGAGUGUGCACAUAAGCUGAUGAAGAUGCAAUUGAAGCCGGGCCAAGAAGUGGAGCUCUGUCACAUGUUCCUGGACUGCUGUGCAGAACAGAGGACUUAUGAGAAGUUCUAUGGACUUCUAGCACAACGGUUUUGUAAUAUAAACAGAAUGUAUAUUGGUCCUUUUGAGGAAAUAUUCAAAGAUUCCUAUGGUACAGCCCACAGGUUGGACACAAAUAGGCUAAGGAAUGUUAGCAAGUUCUUUGCGCAUUUGUUGUUUACGGAUUCAAUUAGUUGGGAGGUAUUGGAAUGUGUGAAGUUAAAUGAGGAGGACACAACCAGUUCUAGUCGCAUUUAUAUCAAGAUUUUGUUUCAAGAAUUGGCAGAGUAUAUGGGACUGAAGAAACUGAAUGAUCGUCUCAAGGACCCGACCCUGCAGACUGCGUUCUCGGGCAUCUUUCCUCGAGAUAAUCCCAAGAACACGAGGUUCUCCAUCAACUUCUUCACUUCCAUAGGUCUUGGAGGAUUGACAGAUGAGCUGAGAGAGCAUUUGAAACAGUUGCCUAAGAAUGUGCCUGCACCAAUACCAGAUAUAACUCUGGGCAGUGACUCCAGCUCGGAUUCCAGUUCAGACUCUUCUAGUUCCAGUAGUUCCGACUCCUCAUCAUCCAGCGACAGUUCCAGUGAAUCCGAGUCAGAGAAAACUAGUAAAAAGAAGAAAGAAAAGAAAUCUAAAAAGGAUAAAAGCAAAGAUAAAGUACCUAAAACGCCUGAACCCGAACCCGAGCCACCUGUUGAAAGGUGGGGACAUGAUGGUUUCUACGACACUUACGGCAAAGACGCUAAGAGAAUGGAAAAUAGAAAUAACCAACGUCAAGAUAGAGACAACUUCACAAGACCUCGGGACUCUAGAAGAAAUGACGACAGAAUGGAUCAUAGAAAUGGAGAUAAUAAACGCAGAAGGUAUGAUGGGAAUGAACAAAAUGAUCGUGACAGCAGGCGCGAGGAUAGAGGCGAUCGAGAUGAUGAUAGGAGACCAACACACGAACGGUAUUGGAAUAGUGAAAGACCACGAAAUGAAGGCCGAAUAAGAGAUGAUGACAGACAAAAUGGAGAUGAUAGGGAACGUAACGAUGAUGAGAGAAACCGCAGAGACGAAAGGCCACAAAAAGAUAAAAAACGAAGCCGAAGAGAUGACAGAGAACGUCAAAAUGAAGAGAGAGAUCGUUUCGAUGAUAAAAGAAGCAAUGAUGAUGAUAGGACAAAAGAUGAUAGAAGAGAGCGUAGAGACGAAGACCAAAGGAUACAAAACGAAGAAAGAAAUCGCAAGAAUGACAGGCAACAGAGAGACGAGGCCAAAGGUCGCAGGGAUGACGGUGAGGAGAGGAACCGUAAGGAAGAUGAAAGAGAAUUAAAAAAUCGUAGGGAUGACGAUAGAGGUCGAAGAGAUGAUGACAGGGCAGGAAGAGAUGAUGACAGGCGACAAAGAGAUGACGACAGGCGACAAAGAGAUGAGGUUAGAGAACGAAGAGACGAUGGUAGAGAACGUAGGGAUGAUGACAGGCCACGUAGAGAUGAUAAUAAGGGCCGAGGGGAUGAUGGUAAAGAUCUCAGGGAUGAUGAUAGAGGACGCAGAGAUGAUGACAGGGUACAAAGAAAUUAUGGAAGGGGACGAAGAGAUGAGGAUAAAGAACGUAGGGAUAACAACAGGGAACGCAGGGAUGAUGAUAGAGAACGCAAAGAUGAUCACAGGGCACGACGAGACGAUGAAAGAGUACAAAGAGAUGAUGAAAGGGUACGAAGAGAUGAUAGUAGGGGACAAAAAGAUGAAGAACGUAGAAAUAAUGAUAAAGAACCUAGAGAUGAUGAUAGAGAACGCAGGGAUAAUGAUAGGGGACGAAGGAAUGACGAUAGACAACGUAAGGACGAUGAUAGGGCACGUAGAAAUGAAGAUAGAGAACAAAGAAACAUCGACAAAGAAAUACCAAAUGAUGACCCUAGCCGUAACUAUGAUAAAGAACAAAGAAAUGACAAAAGAAAUCGUAGAGAUGAAAGAGAUGAACAUAGAGGACGUCAAGAGGAUGAAAAAGAACGUAGGGAGGAAGAUAGAAGAUAUCAGGAGGACGAUAGGCGUAGAGACUAUGAGAGAAGCCGUAAAGAUUAUGAUAAAGGAAGGAGAGAUGAUAACAAUGAUAGACCACGAAGAGAGGAGAAAAAUUACGAUGAUAGAGUGCGUGGAGACGAAGAUGAAGCUCCCAGAAAAAGUAAAAAAGACAAACAAAAUAGAGAUGACGACACAAAAAGUAAAAAGAAAGAUUUAGAAGAACAAAACGAACAGGAUAACCUCAGAGAAGUCGACAAGCGAAAAAAGGAUAAAUAUAACGAUAGACAAAAAGACAGUCGCGAUGAAGACGAAUCUAGAACUAAAAGAAAAGAUAACAGCCAAAAAUAUCAAAAUGGAGACCAACAAAUUGAAGAUAAAGUUAAAAGUAUCAAAGAUGAAAAUGUAGAACAUAGAUCAAAGAAAAAACAAAUUAAGAAAAGGGAUAAAAGUAGUAAAAAACAUGAAGAAAGCAGCAGUGAAGAGGAAAUACCUGAUAAAAAAAGUAAAAAGAAACAGUCAAAGGAUAAAAAGAAAAAGCCAGUGAGUGAAUCCGAAGAUUCCUCAUCAUCAUCAUCCUCUGAUUCGUCUUCAUCAUCUUCGACGUCUAGUUCAUCAUCGUCAUCAUCAGAUGACGAAAAGGAUAAAAAAGUGUCUAACAGAUACUGGGAUACUUUAGAUGUCAUGUCUAAAUCUGAUUCACAGAAAGCUAUUCGCGUUAAAAAACGUUCUUAG